UGGAAAAUAUUUUGUAUUUUAAAUAACUAUCUUAUUUAUUUCAUGUCUCCAACCACAAUUAUCCUUAAUCGCUAAUUAUUUGUAAAGCUAUUGUUAGUCAUCAAGAUUGUAGAACUAUUGUAGCCAUAAAAGUAUUGCUUUUUAUUUUUGGAUGUUAUGUCCGGUUAUGUCUGCUAAUUUUAACUAUAUAUCUUCAAAAGUAUUUUGAUUUUAGUGGAUUGGCUUUGAAAAAAUAACCGAUUAACGAGGUUAUUUCAUUCUAAGGUGAAUGGUACAAAUAAGGAAAAAAUUCAUGUAUACAAAUGAUGUAGAUAUGGCAUGUUAUUGGUUACAUGUAAAUGAUACACUGAUUAAAAUACCAGAUGUGAGUGAACAGGAUGGAAUUAUAUUCUAUAAUGUAGAAGUGAAGAUUGGUGAGGUGAAAUGGAAAAUUAUGAGGCGCUAUAACGAUUUUUUCGAGUUACAUCAGCAGUUAGUAAAUGACCAUGGAGUGUCAAAAGAUCUGCUACCUCCAAAGAAAGUAAUACUAAAUAAAUCAAAAGCUUUUAUAGAGAGCAGAAGAGAAGCUUUACAGAUUUACUUGCAAAAGCUUCUGCAAUAUUUGAAAAGUGCAAUGCCUAAAGAAUUUUGGGAGUUUUUAGAGUUUCAUGAAUAUGACAUUUACUUUAUUCUACAAGGUAUGGCAAUAAAACUCUCUUCAAAUUCAUUCAAGAUGUCCUCUGAGAAAGAACACGAGUUUACGCCCUUGCAGUUACAUGCUAUAACUAAGUGUCUUAAACAAGCAGUUUUAGAGUUUGAUCGAAAUGGUAAAGAUUGUGAUUUGAGCAACAUUUUAGAUUUCUUUUCAGAACUUAAUAGUAUGGUAUUGUGUGGUAGUGGUACAUGUUAUAAAAAUAGUAACAUUAUACCAAAUAGUCUUCCAUUUGAGUUGUCUUCGUUUAAGUAUCUUGAAAGUUUAGUUAUAUUUAAUGUUAACUUGGAUAAUAUAUACUGUGUGGAUAACUUGAGAAAUACUGUUAAAAAAUUAGGAGUGCAUCAGACACAAGCUACAAAAAUUUCAAACAUAUUACAGUGUGAUACUGUCCAUAAAACAGUGGUUGAUGAGAAACAAAGUUGGAAUAAAUUAGUUGAAAUAGAUUUCACAUGUAAUGCUAUUUCAGAAGUGGAUGGCUCAGUUGGAUUAGCCCCGUUACUAACCACUAUGACUCUCAGUAAAAAUAAAUUGACGUUUUUUCCUGACCUUUCUUGCCUUACUAAUUUAAAGGAUUUAAAUCUCUCAAAGAAUAUGAUAACACAUUGCGAAAAUUUGCAUACAAAAUUAGGAAAUGUUGUAAAAAUUGAUUUAAGUCAGAAUAGACUGACAAAUUUGAAAGGUUUUUCGAAAUUAUAUUCCCUAGAAAGUUUAGAUAUAAGCCACAAUAGCAUUUAUAACAUCGAAGAGGCUAAAAACAUAGGCGAUUUGCCAUGCUUAGAAGAUGUUGUUUUAAAUGGUAACCCUGUGGCUGCUAUAGUAGAUUACAGAAUUAAAAUACUUGAAAAUUUUGGAGAACGAGCAAAAGAGAUUUGUCUCGAUAAUGAAAUGCCGACGCAAUCUGAACUUGAUAAAGCAUCGGUUUUAAGAGCAUUAAAACUGGCUAAAGAUAAAAAUAGAUCUUCAAAAAAUGAAAAUUAAUUGAACUUUUUUUUGCUGUUUUUAUUAAUGGGGGUUUAGUCUUUAUUUUUGUAUUUUUUUUAAAUACUCUCAAAAAUGUUUUUAUUUACUUAUAAUUGAAUCAAAAACGGAGAAUAUUUACUACCUACCUCAAAAGUCAUAGUUUAUAAAAAAAAUUCAAAUAUUUUAAUGAGUGCUGAAAUGUGAUAAUUAGUAUAUAUGAUUUGUUAUGCUUUAAGAAGGAAUAUUAUAAUAAGUUGUUGUACAUGUAUGAAGUAUUUGUGUAAAUUAUGUAAAUUAUUUUAAUUAAUGAUAGUAACUCUUAUUUAAUUUUAAAAUGUAUAAA